AUGGGGCCCGAACUGACCUCUAGCAAUUUUCCGCCCUUACAUCCGGCAGCUGGCGAAGCAUCAGUUAAUGUCUCUUUCGUAGUGGACAAGAAACCUCCUCCGGCAAACAUCACUAGCCUCCCAAACGAGAUCCACGACUUGAUAACCUCGAAUCUCUGUGAGCACUGCACAGGCGGCUCCCAUGUCGCCAAUCCAGACCGACCCAGCCAUACCAAUAGCGCCGACCUUUUUCAAUCUCCGUCUCGUCGACACUCAUUAGCGGGGCAUUGUGACUCCGUGCUUUCACCGUUUUUGCGUUCCUCGUCUAGGAGCGCCCUUACUGACAGAUCUCUGGAAUGGUCCGAUGAAGUUUGCCGCUUAGGGACGGGCUCGUGGGCACAAUUGUUACACCUACAAACACCAAAUUUGGAAGGGGUAUCCAUCUACAAGCAAUCAUAUCUACCAAUUGCCCUUCAUGUCAAGAUAAAAUCGACCUUCUUGGCAAUUCGUCGUAAUAUGGGCAUUCCCACGAUGCUCAUCUGCGAGAGAUCACCCCGCUUUCCUCACUAUGCUGGGGCUAUUCAUCCAGAAAGAUUCGACAAUUCAAUCCUUUCUCCUGCUGAUAAUAUUUUCGACUUAUAUAAUAUCGCCUUCAGCUCCCUGUCGAGGCACUGCGGCGGCAUUGAAGAGAUUCAGCACGUUCAACACCUUCACACGGUUGAUCACCACCUCGACAAGUGGCCUAUGUUCACGCUAGCGCCUGGCCUCAAACGACUACGCCUUGGGCUCAGCUGCCUUAAGUACUGGGAAGAAGACUGGCCGCCUUAUGCUAUGCACAAUAUUAACACCAAAGGGGUUUGGAGAAAUCUCGGCCGAUGUCUUCAAAGGCUGAUCGACCGUAUCAUGAGCGGAGAUCUUCCUCACUUUCGUUCAUUACAUACCAUCGACAAAUUCAAGGCGAUAGAACCGAGCUCCGAGAAGCUCGUAGUGACAACAAAGGUUGAGGAGUUGGGAGUGGAGCUCAAGUUUUAUGAGCAAGACGUAAGAAACAAUGUGGAUUUCGCAGGCGUAGAAGAUGAAGGGUGGACAUUGCAUGACAAUAUUGGAGGGUCGCAUGAAUUUGUGGUCGCGGCCAAAAGAGUAUCAACACGAGGCUCCGGGCCCAGAGAAACACUAUCUUCUUUUGUUUGAAUAUUACCGUAGUCAAGAACAAAGUGUGAUUUUCUAAUACACGAGAUUAUCCCCCAAUUCUUCCCAGAGAUCACAUCAUCGCCAGACAGGAAGUGUGUCA